AUGGAUUACAAAUCGCUAUGUAAUAACAGGACAGCUGCCAAAGGGCAGGUAACUCGCGUUCAGGAUUGGAUUAAUAAAAAAUCACAGGGUAUUAAUUCGAUUUCAAUUUUUGAAGCAAAAUUAGACAUUGUAGAGAAAUAUUUUGAUAAGUACUCAAUCGCACAAAACUCGAUAGAGAUUUUAGUAGAAGAAAAUGACAAUUUAACAGAUUCUGAAGAAAGGGAGGUAACGGAAGAAAUGUUUGUUAUUAGUAUCGCCGCGCUGAAAGAUUCAAUUAAAAAAUUGUCCCCCUCUAGUAGCUCUACCCCCAUACGCAAUAAUAGUUCUGUACCUGUCUCUCAAGAUUUACAUAGUAAUGUUAAGUUACCUGACAUUAAGCUCGGAAGUUUUGACGGUUCACGCCCUUCCGAAUGGGGAGGCUUUAUAGAUAUUUUCGAAGCUUUAAUUGGCAUUGCACUUAAGACAUUGAGAGACCGGUAUGAGAACAAAUCUAUUGUAGUAAACGAAUAUUUGUCAAAUAUUGUACAUUUCCCCCAAAUUAAUAAGUGUAACUCUGAGGUUUUGAGAGAGUUUGCCUCAUCGCUGCGCAAGGAUAUCGAAUGUCUCAAUAAUCUAAAUCUCACCGAUAAAGUUUUGACAGAGGCUCUUUUAGUAUUUCUGUUUGAACAAAAAUUAGAUGCAAACUCGCGAAAGUCCUUUGAAGAAGAACGCAAAACUGCUCAAAUCCCCACUCUUAAAGAAUUUUUUGAUUUUAUAGAUAAACGUUGCGUUAUUUUAGAAAAUUUGUCCAGUUUUGAAAACGCUAAUGAGAAAAAGCACAAUGUAGAAGAAAAUAAAACGGUCGCGUUCAAACCUAAGGUUAACUUGCAUGCAAGUUGUGAAUCUAAUGCUCGCCCCCCCUCGCCACGAAACCGCCCCCACUCACGCCCCAGUUCUCCGAAUUUUAACGCUACUUGUGUGAUUUGCAACGGUGCUCAUAGAAUUUAUUCUUGCGCUAGAUUUACCGCUCUCCCUCCUCGCGAAAGAUUUAAUAGUGUGAAACAGAAAAAGCUGUGUUUCAAUUGUUUAGGUUAUCAGCACUCAAUCAAGGAUUGCCGGUCAACAAUAAGUUGUUCUAUUUGUCGCCAAAAGCAUCACACUUUGAUUCACUUAGACUCACAGGCAAACUCCAACACUCAAUAUGCGCCGCGCUCCCAAACUUAUCAUACGAAUAAUAAUCACACUCACCCACAGCACUCUAAUAUACGGCAAAAUAAUUCUUACCACGAUAAUUCAAGGAAUCAUACUCCGGACUCUCGCACACGCCGCUAUUCGCAACAGGACGCACAUUCGCGUCAAAGUACUACGCCAGACGCACAAGAGCGUCCAAACCAAGCCCCCCAAGCAGGUAACCAUGUAAAUCGUGGAAAUUAUAGGUCACAAACCGAUGUCUCUUACGCGAGCUCGCACAACGCAGUUACACAAAAUAGAAAUCAGGAAUCGCAAGUUUUGCUAGCCACAGCUGAAGUGGUAGUUUUCUCUCACAACGGUCAACCCAUGACUGUUAAAAUGUUAUUAGACAACGGCUCUCAAAAUAGUUUUGUAACAACAAAGUUGGCUGAACAAUUAGGAUUACCCUCUGAAACACAAAAUUUGCAUGUGUCCGGCUUAUCCGGACAAGAAACGCUAAUCUCUCGCGAAAAAGUUAAGCUGGAAAUUAAUUCAAAAGUUAAUAAAAGGAAUUUUGUUAUUGAUUGCUCUGUUAUCGAUACCAUUUCACAACGUCUGCCACAGUAUAGUAUAAACCCCGCAAAAUUAAAUAUACCUGCACAUUUAAUCAGUUGCUUAGCUGAUAGCACAUUUGCAGUGCCGUCCGAGAUUCAAAUUUUAGGAGGCGCUGAAAUUUAUUACUCGCUAUUAUCUCAUGGGUUGUUACAUUUAGGUAAAGGACUCCCAUCGUUAAUUAAUACACAUUUGGGUUGGGUGAUCUCUGGUAAUGUCCCCCAACAUUGUCUCGAAAAUACCCCCAAAGAAAAAGUUUACGCGUUUACAGGUAUCUCUGACGCUCUCUCCCUCGAACAUAAUGAAGAAAAUUUAUGA